AUGGCGCAGAAAGGAAUUCAGCUGGAAAAGGAAACAUUUUCUUGUUCCAUCUGUCUGGAUCUACUGAAGGAUCCGGUGGCUGUUUCCUGUGGACACAGCUACUGCAUGAAGUGUCUUCAAAGCCACUGGGAUACAGAGGAUGAGAAGAAACUCUACAGCUGCCCUCAGUGCAGGCAGAUCCUCACACCGAGGCCUGUCCUGCAGAAAAACACCAUGUUAGCAGUUUUAGUGGAGGAGCUGAAGAAGAGCGGACUCCAAGAUGCUCCUGCUGAUCACUGCUAUGCUGGAGCUGAAGAUGUGGCCUGUGACGUCUGCACCGGGAGGAAACUGAGAGCCCAGAAGUCCUGUCUGCAAUGUCUGGCCUCUUACUGUCAGAAUCACCUUCAGCCUCAUUUUCAAGCAGCUCAUUUAAAGAAACACAAGCUGGUGGAGCCGUCCAAGAAGCUCCAGGAGAACGUCUGCUCUCGUCAUGAUGAGAACAAACGUCAUGACACGGUCUCAGCUGCAACAGAGAGGGCCGAGAGGCAGAGAGAGCUGCAGGUGACUCGACAAAACAUCCAGCAGAGAAUCCAGGACAGAGAGAAAGAUGUGAAGCUGCUUCAACAGGAAGCAGAGGCCAUCAAUCGCUCCGCUGAUAAAGCAGUGGAAGACAGCCAGGAGAUCUUCACCCAGCUGAUCCGUCUCAUGGAGGAACGACGCUCGGAUGUGGCCCAGCAGGUCCGAUCCCAGCAGGAAAGCCAAGUGAGUCGAGUCAAAGAGCUGGAGGAGAAGCUGAGGCAGGAGAUUGCUGAGCUGAAGAGGAAAGACGGUGAGCUGCAGACGCUGUCACAAACACAGGAUCACAACCAGUUUCUACACGACUACCCCUCACUGUCAGCACUCAGACAACCUACACACUCAUCCAGCAUCCAUAUCCGUCCUCUGAGGUACUUUGAAGAUGUGACAGUGGCUGUGUCAGCAGUCAGAGAUAAACUACAGGACGUCCUGACACAGACAUGGACAAACAUCUCACUCACAGUGACUGAAGUGGAUGUUUUACUGCCACAACCAGAGCCCAAGACCAGAGAGGAGUUCAUCAGAUAUUCAUGUGACAUCACACUGGAUCCAAACACAGCAAACAGACGUCUGUUAUUAUCUGAUGGGAACAGAAAAGUUAGAUGGAUGUUUCAACCACAGUCUUAUCCUAGUCACCCAGACAGAUUCACUACAUGGUUUCAGGUCCUGAGUCGAGAGAGUCUGACUGGACGUUGUUACUGGGAGGUGGAGAGGAGCGAAAUAGUUCUUGUAGCAGUCACAUACAAGAAAAUCAGCAGAACAGGGAAUGGGAAGGAAUGUGAAUUGGGAUUCAAUGACAAAUCUUGGGCAUUAGAUUGUGAUGACAGUGGUUAUAUCUUUUGGUACAACAACGUCCAGACUCCUGUCUCUGGUCCUCCAUCCUCCAGAGUGGGAGUGUACCUGGAUCACAGAGCAGGUAUUCUGUCCUUUUACAGCAUCUCUGAAACCAUGACUCUCCUCCACAGAGUCCACACCACAUUCACUCAGCCUCUACAUGCUGGACUUUAUGUUUUUGGCACAGCUGAGAUGUGUAAGCUGAAGUAG